AAACUUUCAUCUUAAAAUGUAAUUUUAACUGUAUUGCUCAUAUCUCGACUCACACUAUUACGAAUCGAGUGAUACUCGCCACUAACAGGCGGAACAUAUCAGGCCAUGAGAUCAGAAAUUGCAUCACUAACUCUACCGGACUACUAUUUGGAAGUGAGAGUCAUUAUGAUAUGUUAGAGUUAUUAGGAGAAUCCGUAUUAAGGUGGAAUAAAAUAAAGUAAAGAAGAAGAGGAAGGAGGAGAUUGGGUUAGAGAGGAAGCAGGAGGAGAGCCAUACGUUGCACAAGAGGGCUAUCCACAAUCUCAUCCAAUCACUUAUUAUUCACCACCAAAACCGAGCCCGCGCGAACCCCACACUCAGUUAACUUCCUUUCUCUUGCAACCACUCGCUCAUAUCACUCUCCGCAGCCCCAACCCACAUAAGACUCCAGUGAACACCAAUCCCACAUUCUCGAUCCUCCCUCUCAUCUCUUCUUCCAGCACUCUGUUUCACUACCCAGAUGGCUUCGGCUACUUUCGCCGUAGCCAAACCAUCUCUUCAGGGAAAUGGGAAGGGUCUGGCGGAAUUCUCAGGCCUACGCACCUCAUCAGCUUUCCUUCCUUUCGCCAAGAAAACGUCCGAUGACUUUUUCUCAGUCGUUUCUUUCCAGACCUCUGCUGGAGUUAGCAGCAGCGGGGGAUACAGGAAAAGCGCAGCGGAGGCCAAACUGAAAGUAGCGAUAAAUGGGUUCGGUAGGAUCGGGAGGAACUUCUUGAGAUGCUGGCACGGAAGGAAGGACUCGCCAUUGGACGUGAUUGCCAUUAACGACACCGGAGGCGUUAAGCAGGCUUCGCACCUCCUCAAGUACGACUCCACCCUCGGUAUCUUCGACGCUGACGUCAAGCCUGUUGGCGAUAACGGCAUCUCCGUGGACGGCAAGGUCAUCAAGGUCGUCUCAGACCGUAAUCCGGCCAACCUUCCCUGGAAGGAGCUGGAGAUCGACCUGGUGAUAGAAGGCACAGGAGUUUUCGUGGACAGGGAUGGCGCAGGGAAGCACAUCCAAGCGGGGGCCAAGAAGGUGCUCAUCACAGCGCCAGGGAAGGGAGACAUCCCAACCUACGUGGUCGGGGUCAACGCGGACGCUUACAGCCCAGACGAGGAUAUCAUCAGCAACGCCUCCUGCACCACCAACUGCCUGGCUCCUUUCGUCAAGGUGCUCGACCAGAAAUUCGGUAUCAUCAAGGGCACUAUGACCACCACCCACUCCUACACAGGGGACCAGCGCCUCCUCGACGCCAGCCACAGGGACCUCAGGCGAGCCAGGGCUGCUGCCCUCAACAUUGUCCCUACCUCCACAGGAGCCGCCAAGGCUGUCGCCCUCGUCCUGCCCACCCUCAAGGGCAAGCUCAACGGGAUUGCCCUCCGUGUCCCCACCCCUAAUGUCUCCGUCGUCGACCUUGUCGUCCAGGUCUCCAAGAAGACCUUCGCCGAGGAGGUCAACGCCGCCUUCCGUGAGAGCGCCGACAACGAGCUCAAAGGCAUCCUUUCUGUUUGCGACGAGCCCCUCGUCUCCGUCGACUUCAGGUGCACCGACGUUUCCUCCACGGUCGACUCUUCCUUGACCAUGGUCAUGGGCGACGACAUGGUCAAGGUCAUUGCUUGGUAUGACAACGAGUGGGGCUACUCCCAACGGGUUGUAGACCUCGCCGACAUCGUUGCCAAUAACUGGAAGUAGAUCCACAUCCAUCCUUCCUUCCUACCCACUCUAAGCCAUUAAUUCCUCCUUGGGUGACCUUGCUAUACAUGAUGCAUCCAUAGUUAAACAAAACUGUCCUAUAUUAUAUAUAAUAUGAGACUAUUUGAUCAUAUUUCAUUCAGAUUGCCCCUUUUUACUUCUUUGAUCUUUUCCCUUCAAUGUUAGAUUGUGACACUUUUAUUAUGAAUACCAAUAAAGAGAGUCCAUCAAUAUUGGCGAAGAUCUCCGUCCAAAGAGAUAAAAAGGGGUGCAUGAUACGUAAUUUUUCAUUAUGAUACGAAGCUAAACGAACUUAACUUCGUUACAUUUCAUCUUGCUGAAAGCACCUCAUAGCUUGUAGGGAACCCUUCAAUGUUAGAUUCUGAUAUUCUUACUAUGAAAUCCCGCACAGAGAGCCCUUCCUUGGUAACUUAUGCAUCCUAGAGAAUCUUAGAGGAGAAAAUAUAUUUUUGAAUAGACAAAACCUAUUUUUUUUUCAAAACUCUAGUUUUCUUAAUCAGGUCAUAACUCAUUCAAUUUAACUCGCAAUUCAAUCAAAUUUGUAUAUAAAGGACUCAUUUAUUAUAAUUUACAGAAUGACAUCCACCUUGCUAUGUUUUCAAAUAAUACUUUGAAAAUAUUUCUCAAUAAUACUUUUCAACUAUUUAUAGUAAAAUAGUCGUCACUAUCUAGAGAUCGAUUUCAAUUAUAGGUUAUGUUUGACUCUAAAAUUAUUCAAAAAAUCAAAAUUAUAUUUUUUAUUCCCUUUUUUCCUUUUUCGUAGUUUUUAUUAGAACUUUGAAAUAUUUGGUAAGCUAUAAAAGUAUUAUUCAAAAUUAAAAAGUAGCAUUAUAUAUGGAUAAUACCCAAAUAAUAUGCUAUAUGUUGGUUGAAAAAUAAUUUUUUUGUGGUAGGCUUUAUUAAGAUAUUAAAUGUAAGGACAAAAUGUUAACAAUAUACAAAUGAUUCUUGUGAAAAAUAACUCAUGUAAAAUUUUUUAACCAAGUAAUACAUUUGAAAAUAUCUACAUUAUCUAGUCUUCGAAAAAUAUCUACAUUAUCAAUGUCUAGAUAUGAGUAAACGAGUCAUUUUGUAUGCGUGAACCUGUCCCCGUAAGCUUUGCCUAGGUUGCUAGAAGUAGGGGUGGAAGUUUGUGUGAGUGGUUAUCCACCUCACAUUGUGUGGUUAACCACAAUCACAAAAGCAUGAUUUUGCUAACCACAAACUGCAUCAUAAUGGUUAUAUUUGUGGUUACUCGCAAAAAUUCAUGUUUCAAGGUGUGAAGCUAAUGUUGCCACCGAUGAAUUCGAUAUCCUCCACUAAAUCAUAUUGAUGUAUUGUUGGGUUGUUCGUGCAGAUUAAAUUCAGUAUAUCCUACUAAGUGUGGGGCUUUUAUCUUUUCGAGUUUCAUAUUCAAAUUUUGCAUCAAAGAUAAGAAAUAGAUGAAAGCUUU